AGACGAUGAAUCGAUGUAUCAUCGCACGCACGCGUUGUUUAUUUGUGGUCACACCGGAAGUAAUUGCUGAGUCGCGUCUUACCAUCGAGUUGGACAUUGUUAUAUUAUCUUUUCCCACCGUAUCCUCAUCCUGCCUCUUGUUCAUCAUAUCACCUGCGUGACGUGGUCCUAUUUGUCUCAGCCUUAACUGGCUCCCAGUCAUGCCUACAACCAACCGCCGUCCACUAAGUACACGAACUCUGCCACUUCAAGUUCCUCCUACCAUGUCUCCCUUCAAACAAGGAAUCCGUUCAGCCUCCCUCUUGCUCAAACGUCCUCGAUCACCGGACCCUACAGCAGAUGAAUCCGUCAAGCGGGUGAGACAUGCUCCAACAGAAGUCAUCCACGGCGAGGACCGCAAGGAUAAGGAACGAAGGCGCGUAGAAAGGGAGGCUCAGAAGGCCGAGUUUCGUAUCAAGUACACUCGUGCAUUUCCUGCAUGGGUCUUCUAUUUCGACUUAGAUUUGUCGGAUCCUGAGAGUGCUGCCUUGCGAGAUUCAUUAGUAGCCCGGGUGGUGCACCUCAAAUCACAAGUAGAUGACUUUUUCUCAAACGAGAUCACACAUCUUAUCACUAAUCAACCUAUCACUCCGAUCGACCCUACUGCAAACAAGGAGAAUCGAUUACAAGGCUUUUCCGCACGAGCGAGCUCACUGAAAAGCCCAAUCAAGCUCCGUGGACGGUGCACCGAUACCACCGAGGAUGCCACCUCGCAGAGCUUCAACCUUGUGGAGAAGGCAAAGGCCUUCAACAUGAAGAUUUGGAGUCCGGCAAAACUUGACAACAUUCUGGAACGAUGUGAUGUUCCAGCCUUUGCAUUCUCCCCUUCGAAACCUAUUGCACAAGCCACUUCUCUUGCCCCUGCUUCCAACAAACGAUCACUAUCUAGCUUACUUCAAACCGAACGUCUUCAUGGUACCACCACAGAACGUGACCCCACUCAAAAGCGACAUGAUUAUCGAUAUUUCUCAAAACACAGUUAUUUUGUGCUUAUAGAAGACGUGCGACAGGAGUUAGCGACGAUCCAUGCUCUAGAAUAUCCCAUACAACGGGGGCACGACGGGAAAGAGCAACCCUCGUAUCCGGUCCUGUACUGUGACCCAAGGUCUCGGGGGCCUUUUAUAAAAUUUGAUGAAAGGGAGCGGAGGCGUUGGGACCGGGCACAAAAGGCGGAGAGGGAGAACGAGAACGAACGCGCGGAGAAGGUGGCUAAGGCUCUGAAGCGCAAAAGGCAGGCGGAGGUGCAGAUGCUCUCGGGCAAAGCUGGCGACCUCCGCCGCUCAGUGUCGAUGAAUAAUUUACAUCGCCAGGCAACUAUUGAAGAUUACGUUGACCUGGAUGCUGACUACGGAGAUGGUGAUACAAGAGAGUCAGCGACCGCCUCGGGCUACCUUGCUUCUACGGGUGUUGGUUCAUACGUUGCAGCAUCUGGCAAUAGCGUUUGUAUUACAUCCACAAGAGGCACAACAUCCACCGCAGGGGGUGCUUCUAGGACGCUGGAACUACCUGCUUCUCUUCGGUCCAGGAUUCAACAACAAGUCGUGACGUCUCGAAAAGCCCCGAAUGCAACCCACACUCUCAGCCGAAAAGCGGGAGGCAUGGGCCCACCCCUUACAAUUCCAGAUCGCCCACUGCUCAGGAAAAGCAGGAGUACAAACACCCUUCGAUUGCCAAAGCGCGAUGAAGGGAGCAAACCUGGUUACUGUGAGAGUUGUCGCGUAAAGUUCGAUGAUUUCGACACGCACACACAGGACCGGAGGCAUCGCAAGUUUGCCAUGGACGAUGCAAACUACUUCCAGCUUGAUUCGGUUCUUAAUCGCGUUCGACGCCGGACCCGCCAAGAAGCCGAGGAAGAAGAACUCAUGUGGUCCGAAUGUGGUUAUGACAGCGUUCCGCGAAGUUCCGAGGUACCUGAGACGAUAGGGUCGUCACAGCCAGAUCAAGACGAGUCUAUGUGGGACGAGAAAGAUGCUGAGGGAGAAGUGGAUCUUGAUUUGUAA